AUGGCCAACGCGGUGUUCCUCCUCCUCCUCGCCGUCACCGGGGUCCUUUUCAUCCAUCCGGCGGUGGCGGGGAUCAAGCAGAAGUCAUUCAAGGAUGACCCCCGCCGCUCCAUUCUCUUCGAUAGGUUCACCUCCAGCAGCCACGGUUGGAUGUCUAUCUCCGUCACCGGCGUCAAGGCUUCGUCCACGCACCCCGAGCUAGACCCGUCACAGCUAGGCUUCUUCCUCCUCUCCGACGAGACUCUCUUUGCGGCCAUCAGCCUUGAGCUGCCGCUGCCCACGGAUCUGUUCCGCAACCUGGAGUGGUCGUCUUGCGUCCUCUACAGCCCCUACAUCAUAACUCUCUUCACCUUCGCUCACCUCGAUGAUGAAGGCCACUUCAACCGGACCUUCCCCAUCACCCACGCCGACGAGUACAGCCUCUUCUUCGCCAGCUGCACGCCGGAGUCCAAAGUUACCAUGGAGGUCCAGACCCACAUCUACGACACCAACCCAAAUCAUUGCAUAGACGUUUGACAUCAGCUCACAUCUACAAAUCUUCUGCGUAGCACAAUUGUGGACUCUCAAAAGGCCGUAGACGUUUGACAUCAGCUCAUACUCUGCAGCCCCUCUCUCUUUCUGUUGC